UCAGCAGGUCUUGGCCUUGGCAGUUCAGUAGCGAGGACACAGGUGUGCUUUGCCUUGUCACUUACAAAACACUGACAUGCCACCCAGAUGGUGUGCGUGGCCACCGGACUCAGGGAACAUCACAGGUCCGUUCACGGCCCAACAGUGACACAUUUGCUUGUGAUCUGGGCCCAUCAGGGAGGCCUGAGGCCCAGAUCCGCUCUCCAGGGCAGAAAGUGCAGGCCCAGCGGGUACAUUCGUGGCACGCCACAGCUGGCGCACUGCCUUCCCGUGAUGAGAGCCGUGGCUCCUGGCUCUGGAUCAAGGGGCUCCCAACCAAGCUGAGCUUAGUGAGAGCAGCAGGGCCACAGGAAGCACUGUCCUCUUCUGCCCGCCUGCUUGCUGUCCCCACCAUGUCCCUGGCGGUCCACAAGCUACUGUCCUGUCCUGCUGUGGCCACACCAUGUGUCACCUCCACCCCUCAGGAUGGCCCCAUGGAGGACCUGCAGGUGGGAGGUGGCAGGCGGGAGUGGGUGUCCAGCUCCUGGGCUCCUGAGGUUGAAUGUGACCACUCCAGUCCUUCCCGGGGAGAUCUGUGUGUCUUGUAGAGACAGCCCUGGCCGUGAGCGUCAUCCUGGGAGGGCAGAGCGUCCUGUGGCUUGCAGUCGUGGCUGCCAGCACUGUGGCCUGGGAGCUUGCUCAGGGCCUGGGGGCAGGUUUCUGCAGGAAGAGGGGACAUUGCCCUGCGGCUUCCUCCACACAGCCCCUGCACAUUGUCCUGACGCUUCCUGUUGUGUCGUGCAUCCGAGCUGGCCAGAUCUCCCCUCCUGUAGAGCAACCUGCUCGUCCGUUUGGAGAGCUUUUGGCCCCUGGUGCAGCAGCAUGGCCAGCCCGCGAACCAGGAAGGUUCUGAAGGAAAUCAGGGUGCAGGCCGAGAACAACGUCUGUUUCGAGUGCGGCGCGUUCAAUCCGCAGUGGGUGAGCGUGACCUACGGCAUCUGGAUCUGCCUGGAGUGUUCAGGGAAGCACCGCGGGCUCGGGGUGCACCUCAGCUUCGUGCGCUCGGUGACCAUGGACAAGUGGAAGGACAUCGAGCUGGAGAAGAUGAGAGUGGGCGGCAACGCCAAGUUUCGAACCUUCCUAGAGGCGCAGGACGACUACGACCCCUGCUGGUCCCUGCAGGAGAAGUACAACAGCAGGGCCGCGGCCCUCUUCAGGGACAAGGUGGCCACUCUGGCCGAAGGCAGAGAGUGGUCUCUGGAGUUGUCACCUGCCCAGAACUGGACGCCCCCACAGCCCAAGACGCUGCCAUCCACCGCUCACCGAGCCUCCGGCCAGCCACCAGUGGUGACCGCCUCAGCAGACAAGGCCUUUGAAGACUGGCUGAACGGCGACCUCGGCUCCUAUCAGGGAGCCCAGGAGAGCCGCUACGUGGGCUUCGGGAACACAGUGCCCCCGAAGAGAGAGGACGACUUCCUCAACAACGCCAUGUCAUCCCUGUACUCGGGCUGGAGCAAUUUUACCACCGGUGCGAGCCGCCUGGCCUCAGCGGCCAAAGAGGGCGCGACAAGGUUCGGAUCCCAGGCAAGUCAAAAGUUCUGGGGUCACAAGCAGCAGCCGGAGCCGGCUUCUGAGCUGGGCCACAGCCUGAAUGACCACGUUCUCAGACCUGCCCAGGAAAAGGUGAAGGAAGGGAGGCUUUUUGACGACGUGUCCAGUGGGGUGUCUCAGCUGGCGUCCAAGGUCCAGGGAGUCGGCAGUAAGGGGUGGCGGGAUGUCACCACCUUUUUUUCUGGGAAAGCGGAGGGCUCCUUGGAUAGACCCCCGGAGGGACAUAGUUACCAGAACAGCAGCGGGGACGGCUUCCAGAGCAGCACCAUAGACCAGAGCUUCUGGGAGACCUUUGGGAGCACUGAGCCCCCCAAGGCCCGCAGGUCCCCAAGCAGCGACAGCUGGACCUGUGCAGAUGCCUCGACAGACAGGAGGAGCUCGGGCAGCUGGGAGGUGUGGGGUUCGGGCUCGGCCUCCAACAAGAACAGCAACAGCGAGGGCGGGGAGGGCGGGGCCGAUGCUGCCAAGAAGCCUGCGCCGCCUUCUGCCAACGCUGAUGAGGGCUGGGACAACCAGAACUGGUAGCCCGCCCAGGCCAGGCGCCAUCAGGGCAACCGCCAUGUUACUCUGCCCUCAUUCCUCCCGUCUGACCCGAGAAACAGCCCAGCGAGAAGACGGCUGCUUGGGAGGGGGGCUGGCAUCCCUGCCUGUGUGGAGCAGCCCGUGUGGGGUGGCAGCUUGCCAUCCUGUGCACCCCACUGGACUCUGAGCAACCUUCUGAGGCUCGGGCCAGGCUUGGGGCCCCCAGGCCAAGGCCUUGUGACUAGUACUCCGAGAAGCCGGGGCCGGGUGGCCACUCGUGCCCACAGAUGUCUGUUCAAGUGUUAGUGACUGUCCAGGUCCCAGGUCUUUCCUGGGGAAGGAAACAGGGUGUUGGAGGUGGAGGUGCCGAGGGCAGUGCUGAAGCGCCUCUGUCACCAACGUCACAUCUGGGCCACAGCCCUGGCCUAUGCUGUCUCCGCGUCACCCCACGGGGUUUUUCCUUCAUCGCCCUGGCAGCACCAGUUCGACCCCCAAGACUUGGACCCUGCACUCUGCUUGUCCCACAGCCCUGGGUGGCUGAAGCAGCCGGCUUCCUGCCCUGGGCCCGUCCUGAGCUCAGCAGCAGCAGGGUGCUGCCCUCCGGCCCUGCUGUCUGCCCUCGGGGUCUCCCUGGACUCGGCGCUGGACGGUGCAGAGCGCCCAUGCACCUGUGGCACAAGCGCCUGCCGGCCCCAGCCUCCCUGUACCCUCUGACCCUCCGUGUGACCAGCAGUGCAUGCACCUGAAGCC